AUGGCUCCAUUUCCCACAGUAGUUGACUCGGCGGACAGUCUACUUGAUCAAGAUACUCCGUAUGCACAUACGCUCCCCAACUUGGAGGAUCAAGAGGCAGUCAACACGCACAUGGCUCGCGUUAUGGAUGACAUCCUGAGUCUCAAGUUCAACCCCCAGCAAUUGAUACAGAAGCACAACAACAGAAGGCUGGACAACGUGCCGCGCGAGAACAUGGGACUGCAGUUGUCCCAGGCUGUCCACCUACGCACCUUUCUGAAAGACGCACUUGAGCUGCAGCAAGAAGCCGGCCGCUGGGGCAUGAAGGGCGCGUACAGACCACAGGAUCUGAAGCUGUCCGAUCUGCAGAGUGUCCGCGAAUCAAUGGUACUAGUAAGUGAUGCUUCACCUCCUCACGUGUCAGGCAGCUCGCCUCCUUUCCGAGAUCACGAGCGAAACACAGAGAUGGCGUUGAGCUGGGGAGGGCGACAAGCUCCUCAGUAUCUGUUGAAAUGACUAUACGAUGCGGAAACAAUGCAGCACCGCAUCUCAAUUUGCUCAAAGUCUAACACUUGUGCAGGCCAAGAAGCAUAUGAGAAGUUUCCCACCGGGGUCGUACAAAGGCAAAAGCCUAAUGGAAUACCUGGCCUUCCUUGAGAGAGCCCAAUUAUACCUGGUGGAAGCUCAAAUUGCACAAGAGAAGGCGACGCAAGAAGGCCGGGACGAGGGCUUUGUCGACGAGGAGCUCACCACAGGAGAGGACUCCGAAAAGGGCGUGGAACCCGAGAAGAACCGCGAAUGGCCUGGUUCGUGUGCGGACAUCCCUUGUGUCUCCGUUACACAUGCUGACGAUACAUUUUUAGUCAAGUCUUCACCGCCUCCGCCCGAGAGAGAGGGAAAGCGCCAGAGAGCUGACCAGGCUUUGAGAUCUGUGGCAAAUUCUUCUCUGGCCGAUCCUGAUCUCACUGAAACCUCUCCCGGUCCUACUUUGACUGCUUCGAAAGCGUCAGCGCAAUCCGACAACCAAUCCGCUGCUAGCCCAUCCGCGUCUGCUGUCGGUGCCACGAGCGCUCCGUCGACGUCGUUCGUUCUGGACCUGAACGAGACCAAGUCCUACAACCGUCCCUUCUCCGCCGGCUCUUUCGAACACAGGAACUACCUAUCCAAACUAUCCGCUCGUGUACACUCGGACAUCUCCCGCCUGAAAUCCAGCGAGAAGCACUCCAAAACUCUGCACUCCCAGCAUGCUGGCUUCGAAUCCUCAGCACUCAAGGAGGCACGGGACCUGCAAGCUUUCCUAGUCAAAGCGCUGCAAUACGACUCGCUCCGGCAGACUGAGCUCAGCACUGGUACAAUAGCCCCUGAGCUCGAACAUUUUUGGAAACUGAUGCCCAAGAACUUCGGCUUGAUGUUGCACUUUGAGUUGAAGCUGAAGCAGGUUGGCGAACUCAUGGAGGCCAACAAGGGAAGCUACGACAAGCAGCAACUCCGGAAGCUUAUGGUAUUUAAGGGAUGGUUGCAGCGCGGACUAAGGCUUCACAAGAAGAGUUUGGAACAGUGA